AUGACGAUGACAGAAGGACUGACGGAAGUCCUGGAAGAUGCAAACAAGGGAACAUUCAGGGAGCUCGCAAGCUUUGCGCGUGCGCAGCACUGCAGCCCGAGCAAGCGCAGGACCACUUCUGCUGGGUACCAGCGCCUGCUGCCCACCGCAUUGACAGUGGCCGGCGGAGUGAAUUCCUCAGACCACGCCCGCACAUUCCCAGACCUGGUCUCCUUGCUCAGAGCCCAGGGCUUCUAUGCAGCGCUGGUGCACCCACGCGACCUGUCGCCCAAUGCAGCAGUGGGCUGCGCCCUGAACAGCAUCCUGCACCAGUUCUCAGGCCUGGACACCGACGCCAGUGACAUGGAGGCAAGCCGUUUCCUUCUCCUGUUUGAAUCUUGCAUGCGACCUGAACCUGGCAUCACACAUGCAAUUAUCAUGACCUUGGACAACACAGCGCCUUGCCAAGCUUUGCAUGCGUGGUACGAAGAUGAGCUGCAGCACUCAGAGGAGGCAGCCAUUCCCGGGGCAGCGGCCGGCAGCGGCAGCAGUCCUGCCAAGCGGCGGCGCGCAGGCAACGCCUCUGGAGCCCCUGGACCAUCAGCUACUGUGGGCCGCAGUGGUCAGCCUGCAAGGUCUGGCGCACGAGCACGUGCAUCUGGCAGCGAGCUCGUGCCUGACAGCGAGUCGGAGGGUGGUGCCGGCGCGGGUGCUGCCCAUGGCAGCCACUCACCUGAUACUGAAGAUGGCGGAGCUACAUCAGCUCAGGAAGCGCAAAGCAAGGAUGAGCGGGCAGAGGCAGAUAGCGCCCCUUCAAAGGCCUCAGGGCGGCCUCUUGUGGUGGUCGUCGAGAACACAGAGGCUGCAGACAUGCUGUCCCUCCAGGACCUCAUUCUUGUCCUCAGUGAGGGCCGAGCACGGCUGCCGGUGACGCUGGUGCUGGGAAUGGCCAUCUCUGUGGCAGCCCUGCGCCACAUGCUGCCUGCCAAGGCCGCGGACGUGCUGCAGGCCAAGGAGUUCCGGCUCAUGCAGGCAAAGCCGCUGUUGGAGGCUCUGGUGCGCGAGGCGCUGCUGGGCUCACGCUUCCACGGAGUCAUGUUUGACCACCGGAUCAUGGAAUUCCUGCUGGACCACUUCCUCAACCACGACUUCAAUGUGGCCUUCUUCCGGCGCGGCCUGCAGGUGGCGUGCAUGCGCCACUUCCAGACGGAGCCGCUGAGCGCGCUGGCGGCGGCGGCCGGCAACCUCGGCGCGGCCGGGAUCCGCGCGGCGGCUGCCGCGCUGCCGGACACGCUGAGGGGCCGCGCCAGAUCUGGCUGCGCGUCCUCUUCUGGCGCGGCGCCUGAUCUGGCGGGGGAGGUGCAGGGAACGCUGCGCGCUUGGAGCGGCUGGGCCGUCGCCCUGCGCUGGGUCAACGCGGCCGCCCGCGCAGUCGGGAUGGGCCACCCCGCAGGUGCGGACAAGCUGUCGCUGCACGAGCUGUACGUGGAGGCGUCCAGGCCAGGCUUCAUGGAGGCGAGUGGGCCGGGUGCAAAGCGGCUGCAGGCGCUGUGCGACCGACUGGAGCGGCUCACCGACGAGCAGGCGCGGCAGCUACUGGGAAGCUUCCAGGCAUGCGCUGCCUCCGCCUGGCAGGGCGGCGAUGCCUUUGCCGCACAGCUGCGCACCGUCGAGGCUCCGCUGGGGAGUGCGCAGCGGCGGCAGAGCCUCUUCAACAUUGCCACGGAUGCAAAGGGCAAGGGGCUGGCCGGCUCGGCCGCGGGCGCGAAGGGCCUGUGCUGCAGAGGGGCGGCGGAGGUGCAGGCCAUGCUGGCGGCUGCGCCGCGGUGGGCAGUGCACCAGGCGCUGGCCGAGCGCGAACCGGCCGACUACUGCGCAACGGCCGGCCGGGCCGAUGCGGUGCAGCAGCUGGGCGUGCUGCCCUCCAUGGAGGACGCCGCCAUCGCGUACCGGCUGCUCCUCGAGUAUGGGGAGGCUGUGGGCGUGGCAGACUGGUUUAGCGGCUUCUGCGCGGUGUUUGAGUGCGGAGCUGGUGGCGACGAUGGCAGCGAUGCUGAAGAAGAGAAGGGCGCUCCUAAGAGGAAGCGCAGAGGCAGGGCCCCAAAAGCAGACCCCAAACAGGCGUCUAUAACAAAGUUCAUGCCGAACCAGCCGAGCGAGGAGGCAGGCCCUGCCAGGAGGGCAGGCCGCAAGCUGACCAGCAUUCCAGAGACAGGCACAGCCGCCCAGGAGGGCCCCAAGCGGGGCAGGGGCAGGAAGGCAGCGGGAGCAGCUCCAGGCGCUGGGAAUGCAGCGGAGGGCGGCCGCGGGGCCGGCAAAGCUGCGCGCAAGGGAAAGCAAGCAGCGGCAGCUGCGCAUGAGGGGGGCCUGCAGGUGCCUAUUCAGGAGCUGGCGGUGCGCUUCAACUGCGCGAUGCAGGACCUGCAGCUGCUGGGGCUCAUCAAGGAAGCCGGCCGCCGGCGCAGGGAGAGCUGCGUGCAGCGCCUGGUCUUCCCCAUGCGGCGCCCCUGA